AUGUUCAACGCAGAAGCUGAACUUGCAAACUCGCUUAGGCAAUAUGAGCACCAUGUCGAAUCUAGCUAUCAUGGUUCUGUCACGGGGCAUUCAUUUGUGCAGCGUGAUAGAAAAGAGUGUCAUGACCGAAUGAUGAAAUAUUAUUUUAUCGAGCGUCCGAGAUUUCAUGCUCAUGAUUUUCGGAGGCGGUUUCGGAUGAGGAGAGAGCUUUUUGAUAGCAUAUUGAACACAUUUGUCAAUCAUGACCACUACUUUGCAAGGAAGAUAGAUGUCGUCGGCCGACAAAGUCUAUCACAUCAUCAGAAACUCAUAUCUGCAUUUCAGAUGCUAGCUAAUAGAUGCUCUGCAGACUUAACUGAUGAUGCUAUUGAGAACCUGAACCACUUUCGUCAAGCAAUUCAAGCCAUAUAUGGAGCCACAUACCUCCGUAAGCUAAAUAGUGAAGACUUGAAGAGGCUUCUACGCAAGGCAGGCAAAAUAGGUUUCCUCGAUUGUAUGCAUUGGGAGUGGAAGAAUUGA